AUGGAGGAGAGUCGUGUGCCGGAGCAUGAGAUGGCAGCAGGAGGAACAGCAGGAGCGGCAGGAGGCGCGGCGGCCGCCAACAGCUCCCUCGCCCCCCCCGCUGCCCCCACCACCUCCCCGGCGGUGCCCCCCGUGGUGAAGCUGGGCCUGACGGUGGUCUACACCCUGUUCUACACCCUGCUCUUCGGCUUUGUGUACGCCCAGCUGUGGCUGGUCCUGCGGUACCGCCACAAGCGCUUCAGCUACCAGACGGCCUUCCUGUGGCUGUGCCUCCUGUGGGCGGCGCUGCGGGCCCUGCUCUUCUCCUUCUACUUCAGGGACUGCGGCCGGGCCAACGCGCUGGGGCCCCUGCCCUUCUGGCUGCUCUACUGCCUCCCCGUCUGCCUGCAGUUCUUCACGCUCAGCCUCAUGAACCUGUACUGCGCUCAGGUUUACUUUAAGGCAAAGUCCAAGUACACCCCAGCUCUACUCCGAUACAGGCUGCCGCUGUACCUGGUGUUUGCCGGGGUGAGUGCGCUCUUCCUGGGGGUCAACCUGGUGUGUGCUCUGCUGGUGAAGACCUCCUGGGCGCCCGUGAAGACCCUGGUGCUGGUGCGCGUCACCAUCAACGACAGCCUCUUCGUCCUGUGCGCCAUCUCGCUGUCCGUCUGCCUCUACAAGGUGGCCAAGAUGUCCCUUGCUAGCAUCUACCUGGAGUCCAAGGGGACGUCGGUGUGUCAGGUGUCUCUGAUUGGCACCACGGUGAUCCUAUUGUACGCCAGCAGAGCCUGCUACAACCUGCUGGUGCUCGCCCUUGCAGACAUCGAGAAGAUGGACUCCUUCGACUACGACUGGUACAACGUCUCGGACCAGGCCGACCUGCGCUCCUCGCUGGGGGAUGGUGGCUACGUUGUGUUUGGGGUGGUGCUUUUCGUCUGGGAGCUCCUACCCACUUCCCUGGUCGUGUUCUUCUUCAGAGUCCGUCGCCCCCCACAGGAUGGGAUUGCUGCAGGGAUUCCCCACCAUGUGUUAUCAUCCAGAAGGUAUUUCUUCGACAACCCUCGUCGCUAUGACAGCGAUGACGACCUUGCAUGGAGCAUCCCUCCUCAGAACGCGUCCGCCAGCCUACCAUCAGACUGCUACGACUGGGGGAGUCACCACAGCUUCAGCACCACCAACCACCAGAGGUACACCACCGCCACCACAGAGGAGCUACACCCCUACCCAUGA